GCCACCAGGGCGGGAGCGCUCCUCAGUCUGUCGCCAGCCUUCGAGCCGAGUGUGUCGUGUGUUUGUUAGUGUGAGUGUGUUACAACGUUUGUUUAUUGUUUUUGUUGGGGGUGUUUUUCGACGACAAUUAUCCACGGAAAACAUGAUGGACGUGUGUUUUUCCAGUCGUGAAAAUUGCAGCCGCUUUUCCGAUGACUUGUGACCAGGAAUACAGUUCGCCGUCAUGUCAGCUUAUACUCAGUUCGGCUAUAGUUAUCCUCCUCCCGGAGCCCAGCUGCUGGCUUCGGGCCCACAAUCGGCCCCCACGCAGCCGGUGUCCCCGGUCGCCCCGGGGGGCGGCACCACGACCGGAGGCGGCGGCUCAACCGCCUCCAGCGUCGUGUCGACGGGGGCGGUCUCGCCCUCAGGCUCGGUCACGGGUUCGCUUCCUCCCAGCUGCUGCGAGAACGGACGUCCGAUCAUGACGGACCCUGUGUCGGGUCAGACCGUGUGUUCGUGUCAGUAUGACUCGGCCGCGCGACUGGCGCUGUCGGCCGCUAGCGGAUAUCCGGCCGCGCGACUGGCCGCUUCUAGUUAUGCGGCUACAGCGCCUCAUUAUCCCAGCACCGAUCAGAAUCCCUACCCCAGUAUAGACAGCUCUGCGUUUUAUUCGCCUCUGAGCAACCCCUAUGGACUCAAAGAUGGCGGAACCGGACCGGAAAUGACAGCCUGGACAAGCGCAGGACUUCAACCCUCUUCCGGUUACUACCCUUAUGACCCCACCCUCGCCGCCUAUGGCUACGGCGCCGGCUACGACCUAGCCGCACGACGCAAGAACGCCACCCGCGAGUCGACGGCGACCCUCAAGGCGUGGCUGAACGAGCACAAGAAGAACCCCUACCCGACCAAGGGCGAGAAGAUCAUGUUGGCCAUCAUCACCAAGAUGACCCUCACCCAGGUCUCCACCUGGUUCGCCAACGCCCGCAGGAGGCUCAAGAAGGAGAACAAGAUGACCUGGGAGCCCAAGAACAAGACCGAUGACGACGACGACGCUAUCGUGUCCGACUGCGACGACAAAGACAAGGAUGACAUGAUGAUGGAUGAUGAGAAGAUUAAGGAGCAUCGGAUCGGAAAAGACUCAUCCCUGAUGCAUCACCACGUCAAGUCUGAGGAGGAGCUGGACGACGAAGAUGACCGAAAAGGAGGAGGAGGACCCGGAGGAGGAGUACCUCCUUAUCACCACUACCCCUCCCACCUGCACCACCAUCACGGCAUGAUGAUGAAGGACGAGAUGGGAGAUAAGAGAGGGGAUGAUUGUGGUAUUCCCAUCCCCGCGACUAAACCGAAGAUUUGGUCGUUGGCCGACACUGCCGCCUGCAAAACGCCGCCCCCGUCACAGCUGCAGCCGCCCUGGGGGUGUGGAGCACCCCAACAGGGGGGUCCCGGCGGCAGCGGGGGUCCCUUCGCACCCCUAGGACCCCCCGGGUCGGCGGUCAGUCCUUCCAAUGGGGCGCCUCCUUAUUCGAGGUACGGAGGUUUCUGGGGCAGCAUGGGCCCACACAGUACCUGCCAGGGGGGCAGCGGGAUCCCCCCAGGGGGCGCAGCCUCGGGGUUCCCCGACGUCCAGACCGACACCCCUCCACAGACCCCACCCAACAUGAAACUGCCCAGCGUGAUAGCGGCACCCGCUUCCUGUUUUGGGGGGGCCCAGGUACCCCAAGGGGGCCACUACAACAACUACUUCCCCUCGCGAGGUGCGCCCCAAGGGGCAAGCCAGGGGGGCUUGCCCCCUCAACAGUCGCCGCACAAGGACUACUUGACGGCGCCCCAGCAACCGAGUCAGGGGGCGCAGGUGCCCCAACAGGGGACGGCGCCCCCCCAGAACCCCGCUGACGAGACGGCGUUCAAACCCUUCUACAAAAGGUAACCACUUUUUCACUAUU